UCGAUGAGUCCCGCGCGGUUUGUACGUCCUUCUUUCUGUAUUCAAUAUGCAGUGAUGGUUGUACCCCGGCUGUGUGGCAUUUGAAGCAGAGCGGGAGGUAGCGGCUGAGGACCCGGAGCCCCCGUUCAGGUUUUCGAGCGUUUGCAGAAGUCGGUGUCUGUGUAUUUGGAGCAGCACGCGGCAUUGGCGGAGGCAGUGUUUGUCUUCAGCAGCGAGACUAGCAGCAGGGGCUUCUCGCGGCAGCAGCCGCACCUUGCCUACGCGCUGGGCUCCGGCCGCCCCGACCGGGUGGAGUCGGCUCGUUUAUUUGCUCAGGGCAUGCUGAGCUUGGACCGUCAGGUUGGACGGCAUCACGACCUCUGGCCUGCGCCGCUGAGCGGCUGCGGCUACGUCAACCCUGCUGGCAGCGACCCGCUGGGCUCCACGGCCGCCGCGGCAUCGGCAGCCCUGAGCGGCGUGCUACAGCAGGCGCUUGGACAUGGCCAGCCACCGCAGCAGGCCGACUUGAACGGCGUGCAGGACGCCCCGCUGGGAGGCAUCGGCGGCGGCGGCGCCGACCAGGCCGCGACGACGCGGGCCGCCGCCGGGCAGCCGCCGUGGCAGCAGCCGUGGCCGCCGGACGUGGUGUGCCCGCGCCGGGCCGCGGGGCCGCCGCUCGACGGCCUGGCCUGCUCGCCGAUUGCGCCGGUCAUGGCGGUCGGCGCGAGCGUCGACGGGCACGCGGGCCUGUCGCCGUUCUCGCCUGACAGAUUCAGAAAUCCACUGCGAUUGGCAUCGCAAGACCAAGUGCCGAUCAACGCGAUGCACGUGGACUAUGCAGGUGCCGCGCUGCCGACGGUUGGCUGGGCGAUGCGAAACUUGUCCCCGCGGCGCGCGCUGGGGAGCACUCCGCGGCGGCCAGGCGCCGCCGAGCCGGGCGGCCACGCCUCCCGGGCUGCCUGCCGCACGGUUCGCCCUCGACGCCAGGGUGCCGACGUGUUCACCGGAGGCCGCGCCUGGCCUCGGCGGUGCUCCGCCGCAGUGGGCCUUCGGCGCCGGCGCCGCAGCCGUGGCGGGCGUGGCGUCGACGCAGCCGUGGCGCGCCGCCGAGGGCACAGCCGCAGGAGAUGACAUGCGGCCGUACUACUGGCCAGCGAGAGCCACCAAUCCGCAUGACAGAGCAUGGCGGCAGAAAUCGAGGAGCCAGGGACAGCAGCGAUGCCUUGGUUGGUGAUACGAGG